AUGGCCCUGGAGGACGAGCUGGACUUCGCGCUGGGCAAGCAGACGCCCGCCUUCCUGCGCAAGUGCGUGUGCUACAUCCGCAAGAUCGCCGCCUUCGAGCGCUUCGCCAAGCUGCCGGAGAUGGCGCGCUACAUGGACACGGUGCCGGGGCCCGAGCGCGUCAUGAGGAACCAGGAGGCCCACGAGCGGCUACUGAAGGUGCGGGACGAGUUCAUCCCCACGGUGGUGGCGGCGUCCAAGCUGCGCGUGUACUCCUCCGUCACGCACUGCGACAUGAAGCUGGGCUACUCACAGGAGGUGGAGAGCCACUACGUGGAGGGCCUGUGCAAGCAGUUCUACGAGGACAUGGUGGACAUCAUCCAGGCCACCGUGCAGCAGAACCUGGACGCCGAGACGGAGCCGCUGUACGACGAGCUGCUGCAGCACACCUCGCUGUGCCAGACGCACGCCGCCCUGUACCAGCACCGCAGCGAGCCCCUGGACGGCGUGCUGGACUACCUGCUGCCCGCCCAGGGGGGCCGCAUGAGCCCCCUGGUGGUGCACGGCGGGCCCUGCACCGGGAAGACCCUGCUGCUGGCCGAGGUGGCCAGGCAGGCCUACUCCUGGCUGCAGACAGAGAUGGGCCCUGAGACUGACCCGGUGGUCAUCGUCCGCUUCAUCGGCUCCACCCAGGUCUCCAUGGACCUCCGCACCCUCCUGCAGAGUAUCUGCGAGCAGAUCGCCAUCAACUACCGAUGCCUGAUCCACUUCCUGCCCACCAAGAUCCAGGAGAUGAGGGAGCUCCUGGUCAACCUCCUGGCCGAGGCCUCCUUCCAUCGGCCGCUGGUGAUCAUCCUGGACGCCCUGGAGCAGCUCUCUGAUGCUGACGAGGCCCGCAAGCUGUGGUGGUUCCCCGCCCACCUGCCGAGGACGGUGCGCGUCGUGGUCUCCACCUUGCCCAACAAGCACGGCAUCCUGCAGAAGCUCAGGCACCUCAUCCACGACGAAGGGCGCUACGUGGAGCUCAUCCAGCGGGAUCGGAAGGUCUGCAGCCAGACGCUCAAGCAGCAGCUGCUCAGGGUGAGGAGGAAAGUCACGUCGGGGCAGCAGAUCUACGUCAACGAGGCCCUCGCCAAGUGCACCUUACCCAUGUUCGUCAACCUCAUCUACAGAGAGGUGGUCCACUGGAGGUCCCACAAGGACGUGGAUGACAGGUCCCUGUGCUCCACGGUGCACGAGAGCAUCGAGAAGCUCUUCUACUCUGUCGAGAACAAGCUGGGCCAGCGGUUCGUCUUCAGAGCGCUGGGCUACAUCACCAUGGCCAAGGCAGGGCUAACGGAGCUGGAGCUUGAAGACAUUCUUUCACUGGACAACAUCGUCCUCGGCGACGUCAUCGUGGCAUCGUACCUCAAGAACCCCCUGAGGAUCUCCUACGACCUGAUUGCCAGGAUCAGAGAGGAGCUGGAGGGAUACCUGGUGGAGCGGCAGGUGCGAAACGUCACGCUCAUGGUCUGGGCCAACAGGCACCUCCACCUCAUCGCUCAGAAGCUGUACCUCAGCAACGAGGAGGACGUCCAUCAAAUGCACAGUCUCCUCGCAGAGUACUUCCUGGGGGCGUGGUCGGGAGGCAGGAAGAAGAUCUUCACCUACGACAACAACCACUUCACUUCCCUGAACAUUUCGCAUCACAAGAACCCACACCAACAGCCGUCCCAUGAGAAAACGUCCUCGGACAAAUACUCCUAUGACAGGCAGACCCCAGAGCAGCCUUGGGUGUUCCAGUGCAACCUCCUAGAGCCGGACAUCUUCUUCGUUAACCACAGGAAGAUGACGGAGCUGGUCUACCACCUCAGCAGGAGCGGCCGCACAGACGACCUCAUGUUCGGGGUGAUCAUGAACUUCAGCUGGCUCUACACCAUGAUCAAAAUUGGUCAGUUUGAAAAGGCACUCACAGACAUCGACCUGGCCUACAGUUACUCUCAAGAGAAGGAGCUCAAGUUCUUGGCCACUACUCUCCGUAGCGUUAAGUUGAAAGUGAUGAAGAGCCCUGCUUCUUUGUCCGCCGAGCUGCAGCAAAGACUCCUGCCGGUGGUCACCUCUCUUCCAAAGCUAAGACACCUUCUGCUGGAGUGUGACAAAGAUGGCCCCAAGUACUGCUCCAUUGUGCCGCUGCAUUCCUCAAUGGACGUCACCUACAGUCCGGAGAGACUUCCCCUCUGCUCCAGCUACAUGCAGAUCGUCGAGAUCCUGCCCACCCUUGCCCCAAACAUUGUUCUGGUAGCCUUGGAGGAUGGGUCCAUAAGCACCUGGGACGUGGAGAGCAGACAACUCCUGAGACAGAUCGACACGGCCAGAUCCGUGGUGCUUGGCAUCCGGCUAACCACGGAUGAGAAGUACCUGGUAGUAGCCACAACCAAAAACACAUUGCUCAUCUAUGAUAAUCACAAGUCCUGCCUUCUGUCUGAGGUUGAAAUCAAGGGGUCCAAGCAUGGCGGUGUUGCUGGUGACGUGGCGUUCAUUAAUGGUUUCACCUUGUCCAGCCAUCAUGCCUUGGCCUGGCUUGAGGCCAGCAAAGAGGUCAAUGUGAUUGACCUGCUUUACGGUUGGCCGCUCUACCAGUUCCAUUGCUGGUAUGAGGUCACCUGUGUGCAAUGCUCUCCCGAUGGGAUGUAUGCCUUCUGUGGUCAGUACCUUAACAGUGCGACCAUCUUUCAUCUAGGGAACGGCGAUAAGUUAGCCACAGUGACAUCUGAGUUUUCCGGGGGCUUUGUCAAGUCCAUCCUUGUUCUUGACACCAUCAACCAGAUGGUGAUGGUUGACAACGAAGGCAGUCUUUCGGUUUGGAACACCAAAGACAUCAAUAACCCAAGGUUGAUGGAGGAUUACGAUUGCCGAGGGGAUGAGAGCGAAGUGGUGAGCAUUGAGUUGUCUGAGGACCAGCGCUCGAUUCUCAUCUGCAAGUCCAUGAGCAUUGAGGUCCUGGACACCAAGCUAUGGAAGAUGGUGGAGAAGUUCAAAGCCAAACGUACAGAGCUUUUUGUGGCCGCUGUUCUCUCCAAGAACGGCCAGAGCAUCGUGGCCUCCAUGGAGAACACCUCCUCCAUCUUUGUGUGGCGGAGAGACAGUGGACAAUGCAUGGCCAGUUUGAUCGAGAUCUCGGGGGCUAUUGUCAAACUAAUAAAGUCUACCCACCACAAUCUGCUCCUUUCUGUAGCCAGUAGCGGAGUGCUCUCAGUCUGGGACAUUGAUAUCAUCACAGCCAUGUCCAACAUCGAUAAAACAGGAAAGAAGAUCCAGACACUGCAGUUGUCCGGCAGGGAAGACUAUGUGUUUACCAUGGAUGGUUCAGAGGCAAUCCACAAGUGGAACUUCAACACAGGCUUCAUCGAAACCAUCUUCAAGCACGAGGGCAUCGUGGAGAACUGUGUCCUGACCUCCUCAGGGGAUCUCAUGGUUACUUCAGAUGACAAGUGCUGCCAGUACAUCUGGCAGACCGGCACUGGAGAGAAUAUCUUCCGCAUCAAUGGGCAGAGGAUAUCUCAGCUCCUGAUCACCCACAACGACCAGUUUGUUGUGUCCCUCUGCGAGCAGAACGCCUCCAGGGUCUGGAGGUUGGCCACCGGGCAUAAGGUGUGCAACAUCUUAGUCACCCUCCAGAAUGCACUGAUCACCACUGCCAACACUUUCCUUGUGGGAACAACGAAGAACAAACUCCUGGCCGUAAGCCUCUGGUCAGGCAGCGUGUCAAAGAAGUUUGUCUGCGACGAUGGCAUCACCAUUAUCAACUUCAAGCUCAUUCCCGACUGUCCUGAUUGUGUGGUGUUCAUAACAUCUACAGAGACCGUCUUCAUUUGGAGCGUGGCGGACGAAUCUGUCUGCAGGAGGGUCCAGUUGCCGACCAACUUCCUUAAGAACCUAGAAGACUUCCAGAUUUCACCCAAUGGGAAAUUAGGUAUCGUCUCCAAGGGCGACGAAAACAUCAACGUCCUGGACCUUCACAGUGGGAAGCUGAGACUGGUCCACGCCGCUGGCAUGAUAUGGCGACAGAAGCUCUCCCGAGACGGCCGAUACCUGGUGUACAUCUGCUUCCACAACAGUGACGAAGACGACGAGGCUGGCGUGGUCUCCAACCUGAUCGUGAUGCGCUUGGCCGACGGCAAAAGCAUCGGCACGUGUUCGCUUUACAAGACGCCCACCUAUCUCUGCCUUUCCCAGCGCGCGCUCAACAUAAUCAUCGGCUUCGAGGACGGCAGCAUUGGCACGUACACGGUGGUGGACCGUGUGGACGCUGCGCUCAAGAUCAAGAUCGCCACCUCUAACAGCCGACAGAUAGUCAACAACGCCUCGCAGAAAGUGCGCCCCAAGUGCGGAAACCACUCUUUUAAGACGAUCGCUGACUGCAUCUGGAGGGAGUCCACAGAGAUCUUCUCGAGGGACAGUCCUAUCAACGUGUCAGACUCUGGCGAGGCCGAGACCAUAGCUCCCUCCAAGAAGAGCGAGUUGCUGCAGUGAAGAGAUGGAUAAUGGCGAGGGAUGUGAUUAAUGUGAAGGUCGAUGGAGUUGUAGGGUUCCCUGUUUACAGCCAAGUAUGUCCGCUGCAGAUUUUCAGCCCGCUGGGUAGUUUCUAGGUUGAACACAAUUACCGCUGCAUUUGUCAUAUAUUGCUUGACUUCCAACUUGAUGUAAUUAUAUUAUUUCAUGUGUUACACUUGAAGACUGUUCAAUUAAAUCUUGGGGUUUUUUGUUUGUAUCUUUUGAAAAAAAAAAAAAAUUGUUUGUGGUAUUCCUUUGCCAUUUUGUGCCCUUUCAGCAUUUGAAGUUAUGAUUCAAAUGUCGUGGCUAAACAUGUCCAAAGCCAUUCCAGUGAAUUCCACCAUUCUACUUUGAACAUUUUGAUCUAGUUCACAUUGUGCACAUUAAGCCAUAAUGUGGUCACCACAGGUAUAUUUAAGUUUGUAUGUUUGUAUUUACAUCAGUUGGUAUGGUAAAAAAAAGAAGAACAAUGAAUACUUGUACAUAUCUUUUAAUGGCUGCUGCAGUUUUGUGCAACUCCUUAAAAUUGUUAUGUUGUGCUUAAUGCAAUCAAAGUGAGUGCCUGGAAUAGAAAUGUUAUAUUAUGUGCAUAUUAGAUUACAAGAAUUAUGAAAAUGCAGGGAAUUUGUAAACACAACAUACACAAAACCUACACAGAACAAAAUACAUGGUUCAUCAUGGUAAAAUUAAAACCGAAAUGAUCAUUAUAUUGAAAAAUUAUUCCAAUUGUGUCAAUGGAUUUUUUUUUCCUAUGAUCAUUAUCUAUUAAUUAUUUGCUUACAUUUACAUAUGAAAGUGGAAGUACCUGCAUUUUCCAAGGCUAUGAAUAACCGUAUGGUAGAGUUUACAGAGCAUACUACAUAUGCAUAUAACCAGUGUUCUUACUUUAGAACGAGCGUUGAGUUGGGCUUGGUAUUAAACAUAUUAAGUAGAAGAAGUCUGAUUAUUGUCUUAUAUAUCUUAGCCACAAUCCAUUAAAUCAGUCACAAAAAGUUGACUUUAUGUACACUUUAACAUCACAUGAAAUAGAAAAUGAUCUAGAAAAAAAGUGUGAAGUGAUAAAAGGCUCUCUCUCUCUCUCUCUCUCUCUCUUACACACACACACACACACACACACACACACACA